CCCACAGUGAAUCACAACAUCCGCAACCGGUCCAACCGCCUCUGAUGAGACACACGGGACAACUCGAAGUCUAUAAAUACGACAUUACUUCGCGCCCAUUUCACGUUCAACAUUUUUCGCAGAGCUGCCGAGACCUCUUCAGAGCGAACGCUCCGAGAUCAAAUUUCUAGGGUUUUGUCUUCGAUUUAUUUCAACUUCUCGAAUCGAAAUUAAUUUUCCAAACUUGGGAUCUAUAUCUUCCAAAACUGAUUUCAAGUUUUUCUUCUAUUCAGUUCAGCGAAUAAGCUCUACACUUCGAGAGUCGAAGACGCUCUGAGAGCAAAACUUCGAGAACCGAAUUCUAGGGUUUUUUCAUUACGUUUCUGUUCGAUUUCGAAAUGCAUAAGCUGGUAGGGUUAUCAGGCAUGAGGAGCUUGGAUCAAUUCAAAUCGUUGUCAGGAUCUGCUUCAGGAGCGGCCAAAACCAGCUCGAUUUCUUCACGGCCGUCCUCAGAUUCAGUUUCGUAUGGAAGUUUUGCGAAUUUAAAGAUCACUGCAGAGAAACUGGUUAAAGAACAAGCUUCUGCAAAAACCGACCUUGAAUUGGCAAACUCUAAGAUGAAGAAAUUGACAGAGCAUAUUCAUGCAUUGGAGGAGAAACUGCAGAUCGCAUAUAAUGAAAAUGCCAAACUCAAAGUGAAGCAGAAAGAAGAUGAGAAGCUUUGGAAAGGAUUGGAAUCUAAAUUCAGUUCAACAAAGACUUUCUGUGAUCAAUUAACUGAAACUUUACAGCACCUAGCUGGUCAGGUUCAUGAUGCUGAGAAAGACAAGGAAUUUUUUGAAGAUAAGCUAUCUUCCAGUGCAGCCGCUCUUGAUAAUUUGCACGACCAAAUGAAGACGUUGUCUUUGAGAUUUGAGUCUUCAGAGGAAACUGUUGGAAAUUGCAAAAGAGAGUUGAAAGAACUCAGCAUUGAAAAAGAGGAGAGGGAGAAAUAUUUCAGAGAUGAACAGUGCAAAACUACCAAUGUCAUUGAGGAAAAAGAUGCUAUGAUCAAGCAUUUGGAAGCAACUGUAUCUGCUACCAGAUUGGAUAUGGAGAGCCUAAACUCAAAGAUGGAAGAGUUGCAUGUUGGUUUGAAAUUUAAGGAGGACGACAUUCAACGUUUGAGAAUCUCAGAAGAGAUCUUGGAGAAAGAAAAGAGUGAUCUUCUAUCUAGCAACAAGAGAUUUUCUAGCAAACUAGAUAUGGCACUCCAACAGAUAAAGAACCUUGAAGAUUUUGCCAAUCUGGUGACUGCAAAGUUAAAUGAACUGGAUAAACAAAGUUUGACCUUUUCAGACAAGGUUGUUCAGCUAAACUCUUUGUAUGACUCCUGCUUUAAGUUGGGUCAGGAAGAGAAAUACCUUGCUUCUCAGUGUGCUAAAAAGCAAUAUGAUCAACUCCACAAUCUGUCCUUGCACGUAACAUCAGAAAAAGAUGCACUGCAAUUGGUGAAUCAGGAGUUAAACAAUAAGAUCAUUGAACUUCAGAAAGAUCAAGAAUUUUCAGUAGUACAGCAUGCAGAAGAAUGCCAUUUAGCAGAAGAGAGAAUUAGGAGUUUGGAAUCUGAAGCAGAAAGUCUUCUUUCUAAGAAGUCUGAAAUGGAAUUGUUGGUUACCAAAUCAGAGGAGAAAAUUAAAACUUUAUCAGAAAGUUCAAGUUUAUCUGAGAGUAAAAUGCAAGAUUUGUUGCUGAAAUUUUCAGCAUUAGAAUCUGAGAGCAAAGAUAUUACAGAAAAACUGCAGGAGGAGAUACAGAAAAAAGCAGGGGAAAUGGAUGUUUUGCAAAUGGAGAUUGACAAGCAUGAGCAGCAUGUAGAUUCGUUGGAGAAGCAAGCCAGCCAGCUUCAAACUAUCCUAGAGGAGAAGGAACAGCAUAUUCAGCGAUGUAAGGACAGAGAGAAACAGCUGGAAGAUCAAAAAACAGAGGUUCAGGCAUCACUGGCUGAUGCCGAAAGUAAACUUGCAGAUGCAAAGAAGCAAUACGAUAUGAUGCUAGAAAGUAAACAAUUAGAAUUGUCAAGGCAUUUGAAAGAAUUAUCUCAGAAAAAUGACCAGGCCAUUAAUGAUAUCCGCAGGAGGUUUGAAGUUGAGAAGCUAGAGAGUGUCAAUAUUGAGAAAGAAAAGGCUGAUAAAGCUGUUCAAGAAAUGGAAAGCAAAUGUGACCAAAAGCUUGCAGAAUGCAAGGAAGAAUCACGACAGUAUUUGAUGCACAUACAGGAGGAACAAGCUGCUUUGAUCACUCGUAUUAAGCAGGAGCAUGAUAUGAAGGAAUUGAACCUUAAAUUGAACCACAGUGAAGAGCUAAAAUUUGUUCAACUUCAAGCUGAAAACGAGUUGAGAGAGAAAACAACGCUACUCAGGAAUGAACACGAAGUGCAGUUAAAGGCCUUGAAGGGUCAGCAUGAAGAUGAGUGCAAGAAACUAAAAGAGGAGUUGGAUGCCCAGAAAUCCAAAGAAGACAGGCAAAGGGCGCUGCUGCAAUUGCAGUGGAAAGUAAUGGGUGACAAACCACAAGAGGACCAAGAAGUAAAUUCAAAAAAGAAUUAUUCUACUACAUCAGCGAAGAUGAGAAAUUCUGAUGGUCACAGAAGAAGUGAGCGUGCUGUGGUUAAUGUGGAAAAUGAAGCUAAGAAUUCACCUUACCUAAGGACAACACAGACACCCAUAUCAAACUUGUUGAAGAAAGUGGAGAAGGCGAACACUGGAAGUGUUAUGAGUAUUCCAAAGCAUAGUAGGAAGGUAACACACCGUGAGUAUGAAGUUGAAACAUCUAAUGGUAAAACAAUUACGAAGCGAAGGAAAACUAAAAGUACAGUCAUGUUUGGGGGAAUCAAGGGAGGGAAUCCACACCCUUCCAACAUAGGUGAUUUGUUCUCAGAAGGGUCUCUGAAUCCAUAUGCAGAUGAUCCCUAUGCAUUUGAUUAGAGAAAAUCAUUUCCUGGAUUGAACCAAUGGCACAAAAUUAUUGAAGCAAAGUCUUUUGUUCUUUUCCAUGUCCGGAUAACGGUGGUGCAUCUGGACUACUUCACCGACAAGCGACAGCACAUGUCAUGAACUUUCUGUGCAAGAGCUUGGAGUACAUUCUUUUUUUUUUUUUUUCACUUCCAUACUGUAACACAGAAGUAAUAACUUUUGUCAGUUGAUAUGCCUAUGUCUUCUGUAUCAUAAUAUCACUUCUGGACUUGGAUGUUUAGAUUGUUGAACUGUUGUGUAGGGGAAGCAUGAGGAAUGGAAGACAUCUGAAAUUCUGUGAAUGAAGUAGGACAUAUUCUUUAGACUUUAAUUGUUGCUAGUAUUCCAUACGAGGUGCAGUGGUUAGAUUCAACAGCAUUUUUGUGAAUGUAUGGGAAAAGGCAUUUUGCAGUGGAAGGUUUUUUUUUUUAAUGCCAAUCUGAAACUGAUUUGUGUGCUUUGGUGGAAUUGCUGAUGUAAGAAUUGGCUUAGUAGAGCACUACAUUUGAAAAUAUUUCUCUAAUUUUACUAUUCUGUGUGUUUUAGUUACAUUAGGUUGUGUAAUGUGAGCUGUAAAAAAAAGUAAAAGGUUGCCUGAUGGGAUUGUAUGG